AUGUAUUUAUUUCUUUCAUGGCUUUUACUUGUAUUAUUUUUGUUUUUUGCAUGUUUUUUUCCUAGAAAAACAAGCACAUUACUGAAAAUUAUAGGUUUACUGAUAGCACGACGUUUUUUAAUUCCAUAUGUAUCUAUUCCAUGGUUUGCAAGGGACAAAACAUAUGUACCAGUUAAUUCGUUUUUUCAAGCAGAUAUAGAGGCAGGAUUUUCAUCAAAAACGUUUGAUAUUUACCAGAAUAUUCAGAGCGGAGAUAAACGUGCAGGUCUUGAUGAUCAUGCAAAAGAACAAAUCCAUUAUAUUAUGGAAGAACAUGGCUGUGGAUUUGAUGAAGCAAGAAUGAUCUAUAAUCAAAAAUGUAUGAAAUGCAAUUCAAUUGACCCCAAAACAGGAAGACCUAUAGACCCAAAGGCAGUUUUUUUUUCUUAA